GCAGAAGCCAAGAGAGAAGACGGACAGCAGUCAACGCACUCUUCGAUUCCCUCUGUCAGACGCUCAACGUGAAGGAGCACAGAAGCUCAAACGAUGACAAGCGUCAACACUUUGUCCGGACUCCUGCUUCUCAUCAUCAUCCAAAGCAGCUGGCAGGUGCCUGACCAGGACACAGAUCGUAACUCCAUGUUAUUGCCCGAAAACUCCAUGAUGACGGAACCAAUUGAGCUCCCGAAGAGACAUUCAGAGGGAACAUUUUCAAACGACUACAGUAAAUACCUGGAGACAAGACGAGCACAAGACUUUGUCCAGUGGCUAAAGAACUCAAAAAGGAACGGGAGUCUAUUUAGACGCCAUGCGGACGGCACCUACACCAGCGACGUGAGCUCCUACCUGCAGGACCAGGCAGCCAAGGAGUUUGUGUCCUGGCUGAAGACCGGCCGGGGCAGGAGAGAGUAGACUCCACCACGUCAGAGCGCCACCACCAGCUCCCCAUUAAUAAUGCAAAGAUUCCCACUGACUCUGUGCCAUUCUAUGUUUCACUGUCUGUACGAGCCUUGUCAUGCUAUUAAAUUCCCAUCAUAAAAUCUCUGUCGGCCUUCGGUGGUUGAAGGAAAUGUUAAGAUGCAGAAAAGUACGUUUGAAAUGUGUGUCAAUCCUAAAUGCUGGUGAUUCUCAUCAAGCACUCACAUCAUGAUUCUUCUUUUCACAUUUUCUUCUUCCUUCUCAUAUAAACUUAAAAAGGAUAAGACACAAUUAUUGAUCUGGAUUCUGCAAGUUCACUAAUUACUUCUGUAGAUAGUCUCGACACCUUUUCUAAUAAUUCAGAAAAGUCAUAUUUAGUUUUCAAUAAAGAAAUGUGUACAAUCAA